UUUAAUAAAAGUAAUAUAGUCAUUAUAAACAUAUUUUUUCAACAAAUCAAGCACUCUGUUAUUAUCAGUAAAAAAAUGAAAUUUAUCAUAUUAAAUUUAGUCGGAACAUUUUUAAUUUUGAGGUCAGUUGCAGAUAAAGAAGUAAUAUCGAAAGAAGGUAUACAAGAGGAUGUAACUACGUUUAUGAAUUCUUUGGACAGUAUAGGAAUUCACGAUUUUGAAUUGAGAUCUGUAUUAAAAAAUGAUUAUAAGACUAAAAUCGAGGAUGAGCUCUUCACACUUGGAUCACAAUUUUUGAAUAAAGAAAAAAAAUUGGAUAAAGUAGUUAAUGAAAUGACAAAUUUUAUUCUCGUAAAAUUGGCUAAUUUGUAUGACUGGUAUAAAGAAGGCAAGCCUCUUUAUGAAAAAGUAAAAGAAUGUUCAACGACAUUUUUUACAAGUAUUAAAACGAAAUUUAAACCAAGUUCAGAACCAAAAAUUUUGAGGUCAGUUGCAGAUAAAGAAGUAAUAUCGAAAGAAGGUAUACAAGAGGAUAAAACUACGUUUAUGAAUUCUUUAGACAGUAUAGGGAUUACCGAUAAUGAAUUCAGACAUGCAUUAGGGAAUCAAUAUCAGACUAAAAUCGAGGAUGAGCUCUUCACACUUGGAUCACAAUUUUUGAAUAAAGAAAAAAAAUUGGAUAAAGUAGCUAAUGAAAUGACAAAUUUUAUUCUCGUAAAAUUGGCUAAUUUGUAUGACUGGUAUAAAGAAGGCAAAGAUUAUCAUAAAGAUGUAAUACAAUUUUCAACGACAUUUUUUACAAGUAUUAAAACGAAAUUUAAACCAAGUUCAGAACCAAAAAUUUUGAGGUCAGUUGCAGAUAAAGAAGAAAUAUCGAAAGAAGGUAUAUUAGAGGAAAAAAAUAAGUUUAUGAAAUCUUUAGAAAGUAUAGAAAUUACCGAUAAUGAAUUGAGAUCUGUAUUAGAAAAUGAUUAUCAGACUAAAAUCGAGAAUGAGCUCCUCACACUUGGAUCACAACUUUUGAAAGGAGAUAAAAAAAUGGAUGAUGUAGUUACUCAAAUGACAAAUUUUAUUCUCAAAGAUUUGGCUAUAUUGUAUGUCUGGUAUAAUGUAGGCCAGCCUUUUUAUAACAAUGUAAAAGAAUUUUCAACGAAAUUUUUUUCAAGUUUUGAGACAAAAUUUAAACCAAGUUCAAAACCAAAAAAAAUAUCGUUUAGCAGAAUGUUGAAAAGUCUAUCUUUUAAAGGAGAGAGUUCUAGAAGUGCCCCCGAUACAACAUCUACAACAGAAGAAAAUUGGCCAAUCUUCCGUAGUAAUGAGGAUUGAAGUAUACUAUCGUAAAAUGUACAAUUGUGUGGCAACUGAACAUCUUAUAAAAAAUUAAUGAUUAUUACUUGUGUACAAACAAAUAUUUACUUUAUCUAUCUAAAAUAUACACUAUUUAUAAUAAAUGUAUAUAUGUUUCAACUUAAUCAUUGUAAACUAUGGAUCUUAUUUUAAAAUAAUAAUUUUGUAUGCUUAAUUAAAUAU